AUGAAGUCCCUCGGCUGGUGCGUACCCUUCACCCUUCUCCUCGCAGCCCUCACCCUUCCCUCACAAAGCGCCAAGAAUCCUGGUAGCAAAAAUGUACAGGAUCCUGAAGCGGUGCUGUUUCAUGGAGGCAGGUGGAGGAGGCAGGGUUCACGAGGCCUGUUUUCCCACAAAUCUUUGCGGCUAGAAGAUGACGAAGUAGGUCUGGAGGGUCUGAGCCCAGUCCGGCUGGAAAUGGGACCAGGAGAUUGGGGUAGGGAAAGAGGCAUCAGGCAUACAAGAGGGAACAAGCAGCAUCAUGGAGGAGAGUUCCAGCGCAAAGGCAGGAAAAAUGGGCAAGUGGAGGGCAAGAGACAUGCACGCAAGGACAAAGUACAUGGCCAAGGGUUCUUCCAUGACCCCAGCACAGGAUUUGGCUCUCCAAUGAGGGAUUUAGACAAAGCCUAUGCCCGCUUGUCCAAUCGUGAAGCUGCUGCACUCGCAGAAGGCCCUGCCUCUCGUAUCCCGGUAGCCACAGUGAUGCCUGAGCAUCCACCAACUCGAGCCCCGACCUCCACCAAACCGCAGAAGGCAGGUCGAGAAACAGCUCAAGGUGAAGUAUUGCCUACGUUGGACAUGGCGCUUUUUGACUGGACAGACUACGAGGACAUGAGGCCUGAGGACAGCUGGUCAUCCAACAAGAAAAAAGGCGUGUAG